AUGAAUCGUCAUUACUGUCGUUCCCACCUUAGUACCACCCUGAAUAGACUAAACUUCAAUUUCACGGUCGAUGACAUCAAGACUCGGACCGCUGAGCUCAUCAAAGAGUCUACGGACAUGCACAAUCGUCUGGCCUCUUUGAAGGGGUCCGACAUAACCGUUGAGAACGUGCUCGGUGUUCCCAAUGAGUUUUGGGUCGACUUUUAUCCCCGCUACAGCUCCAUGGAGUUCCUUCAGAACGUCUCCCCUGACAAGGACAUCAGAGAGGCCAGUUCUGAAGCCGAUCAGAAACUGUCAGAGCAUCUCGUUGAGAUGUCCAUGCGCAAGGAUGUUUUCGAUGUCCUAGUGGCUCUGCAAGAGCAACGCCCUGAGAUGAAUGCGGAAGGCGCGAGGUUGCUCGAUCGCUCCAUUAAGGAAGGCAGACGUAAUGGUCUCCAUCUUGACGAGGCCGCCAGAGAGGAGAUAGAGAAGAUGAAGAAAAGGAUGUCCGAGCUUUCUAUCAAGUUCAAUAAAAACCUAGGCGAGGAAAAUACUGUACUCGAAUUUACUAAGGAGGAGUUGGAUGGCAUGCCCGACGACUUCCUCGAGACGCUGGAUAAAACCGAGUCAGGGAAAUACAAAGUUACUCUGAAAUACCCCCACUAUGUUCCGAUCGCCAAGAAGUGCAAAGUCCGCGAGACCCGCAGGAAGAUGGACUUCGCGUUCAACAAUCGCUGCGCUGAUGAUAACACCGAGAUCCUCAAAGAGCUCGUGAAACUCAGAAAAGAGAGAGCCGCGAUUUUGGGUUACCCUUCACAUGCUGACUUCGCCACUGAGUUGAAGAUGGCCAAGAACGCUCCCACUGUGAGGGAUUUCCUACAUGGUAUUGAGGAUAAGGUCAAAACUCGUGGUACGAGCGAUCAGAAGCUGCUGAAGGAGCUCCGAAAGGAGGACACUGGUGCUAGCAUGGACGAACCUCUUGAUUGUUACGACUUGAGCUACUAUCGGAACCUUGUCGAGGAAAAGAACUACUCUGUGGAUCAGCUCCUCAUACAACAGUAUUUCCCCUUCGAACAUGUUUUGAAGACUUUGUUGGAACUCUACGAGAGUAUUCUGGGCCUCAAAUUUAAUAGAGUCACGGACCAGCCAGUGUGGCACGAGGACGUAGUUUGCCUGGCUGUCAAUGACGCUGCUGAUGGUCACUUUAUUGGCUACUGUUAUAUGGAUAUGUUCCCGAGAGACGGCAAGUUCUCACAUGCUGCCUUGUUUCCUCUGCAGCCCAACGUCAUGCACAACGGGAAGAGGAGCUACGGUGUGUGCUCCCUGGUGUGUAAUUUCACCAAGUCAACUCCGACCAAGCCGUCCCUGCUUACUCAUAAUGAGGUGGUCACUUUCUUUCACGAGUUCGGUCACUGCAUGCACCACAUCUGUGCUGAGAACGUCAAAUUCGCUGAGUUCGCUGGCACUAGUGUGGAGCAAGACUUCGUGGAAUGCCCCUCGCAGAUGUUGGAGAACUGGUGUUGGGAAAAGGAUAUUCUAAAACGCCUGUCGUGCCACUAUAAAACGAACGAGCCUCUCCCUGAUGACCUCAUCGAAAAGCUGAUAAAGUCUCGGGAUGCUAAUGAGGGUAUCAACACGCAGAGACAAUUGGUUUUUGAUAACUUCGACCAGACCAUUCACGGAGUGAAUCCGCCGAGUGACAUCACCACAACCUUCAACGACGUAUCUCUGCAGACUAUGGGCGUCAAGCAACAGGAAGGCAGUCAUUUCCCUGCUACUUUCGGCCAUAUGUGCGGUUAUGAUGGAAAAUACUACUCUUAUCUCUGGGCAGAGGUUUUCGCUGAUGAUCUCUUCUUGAGCAAGUUCAAGAAGCCUAAUAAUCUCCUCAAUCCUGAAACCGGUAUGGAAUAUAGAAAGACUAUCCUCUCCCGUGGUGGCGCUGUUGAUGCCUCGGAGAUGCUCAAGGAGUUCCUCGGCCGUGAACCCAACCAGGAUGCCUUCUUGGAGAUGAAGGGUCUCAAGGCUUGA